AAAUUUAGUCCUUAGUCUCUUUAUAAAAUAGAACAACUUUGGAUCCCAUUCAGUUCCAUCAAGUUAUAAGAGUAACUGUUUUUACGCAUUUUCUUUUUUUAAAUUCCAUUAACAACAUUUUUUUUAAUUUUUUUUUAUUUUCCACCUUAUUACCUUACAUCAUUUCCCGAAAAUGAGAGGACUCAUAUUUUUGUCAUUGAUUCCAAGCUUUAUUGCCGCUAAAGUUUUGUGCCCAAAUGGCAAAACAGUUUGUCCAGAAGAGUUAUAUUGCUGUGAAAUUGAUGGUGAAUAUUCAUGUUGCGAUCACUAUGCAACCACAUUGUUCCCUGACACUAAAAUGAAAGUGUACCCAGGAGUGGAAAUAAAGGAAGUGAAAUCAUUAGCUUUGGCAGCUUCAAACAAAUCUAUGUCAGCAGACGUGGCCUUGAAAUAUGAUACAUGCACAGAAGACUGCCUAGGAACGUGCUGCAAUUCGGAUUCCUGUUGCCCUCACAGAUCUGCCACCUGUUGCGACAGCCUCACUUGUUGUCCCACUUUGAGCCAAUGUUGCUCUAAUGGCUGCUGUGAAAAUAUGUCCCAUUGUUGCGGAUCGGGUUGCUGUGAGAGAGGAACUAGAUGUUGCGGCUCUUGGUGUUGCGAUGAAAAAUAUAUUUGCGGCAACCGUUAUAUGACUUGUCGCAAUAAAGGAAUGGUAUUCUCACCUGAGUUAACUUCAGUGCUAGUGCUGGCAUUCAGUUCCUUGGUGUUUCGCCAUUUUUAAGCAAAUCCAGCUUGCUGUAUCUUUGAACAUUCUCUAUUAUUGCUGAAAUGAAUAAAUAACUUGCGAAUGUUGUAUUCCUAUCUCAACAGAAACAAUGAAAAUGCUUUUUGUAUUUAAUUUUGUAUGCACUUUAUAAUGAAACGUGUGCCUCACUUGUGGCAGGAUAUUCAUUUAUAGUUUCAAAGAAACCAAUUUUGAAUUUGA